AUGCUAGCCCCCUACCGCAGUAGAAUGUUGCAGCGGUGGGCGCUGCGGACCGGCAAGCGUGUGUUCCACGCCAAGUGCUGGGUGGAUGGAAAGAAGCACUUGUACUGCGUAGUUAGAAGACAUUUUGGUAACAGUUCCAUGGGUGGAGAAGCGAACAAGCAGUCAACCGAAGGAGCCAAGUCAGCAUGCCGCAUCGGCAGUAGUCUCUCCCCCACGGAAGAAAUCACCCAGCAUAUGGAACACGAAUACGGGAUUAGCCCCAGUUCUAUUGAUGUGAGUAUCCAACGAAAUGGAGAAAACGAUUUGUUCAAAUUAAGCAAAAGGUGGAGUACCUUUUUCAAGUGUGAAAAGGAUUUAUACGACGUGAUAAAUAAAUACAUAAAGACAAAUAAAAUGGACUACCAUUUGCAUGCCUACUUAAAGGGCAUUCUGAGUGAAGAGGGAAAGGGAGGGGCAAAUGUGAAGGUCAGGCCACUUCAAAUGGAAGAACAAUUGAAGAACAUCUUAACCUACAUGAUGUCCCUUUUUUAUAAACAAAUUCAAGACUUCAACAUUGUGUCUCACUUAAGUGAGCGUAUUAUAAAUUUACUAAAUGGGGGGAACUCCCAAAGUGAUGCAAAUGGAGAUGGCCGACCUACGAAUGAGACAAAUAUUGGCCUGGACAAGGCCACCAUUUUAACCACGCUUCAAGUGUACAAUUAUGUGAACGCCAUGAAUGAUGAAUUAUUCGAUCGGCUGUUUUGUGUACUAAACAAAUGUUACGUGCAGGCAGCGCCUCCGGGAAGUCCCCUCAUAAUCAGCGAUGACGAAAUUGUACUCAUGUUGAAAAGUCUGUAUAUUCAAAAAUUUAAAAAUCAUAUACUAUUGGAUACUAUCGUAAGGUCACUUAGGGAUGCCCCUCAUUUGAGUCCAUACCUUUCGGUGCAUUCGUUCCUUUACCUUACGUUGCUGUCCAGGAUGGAUAAUGAUUCCCUUUGCAAAGUGAACUCUUCAAUAUUUUAUGGCUCUCAGAUGGGGCAACUGGGCCAGCGAGACUUCAGUGCAGAUAUGUUCACCACAAAUGAGAAAGCGAUGUGGGAAAAUGAAAUUGAGCAAAUAAUAUUCAAAGCUCCCCUAUCAGCAACAGAUUGUAUAAAGCUGCUCUACGGAUAUUUGGUCCUGGGGGAAAAUCACAUUAACUGGUUUGUGAUGCACAAACUCCUUCUGCAAUUGCACGAGGAAUUGAAAGAUGAGGAGAAAAUACUCUUGUUAGAGAAAGAAAACAAAAAGGUACUCCAAAUGAUAACCAUCGUGAGAACCUAUUUAAGGUACAAAAAAAGAAGGCUGUAUGAUAAUUUGCCCAAGGGUGUGAAGAGGGUAUUAAAGAAAUUGCAGAGUCUGUAUGCAGAUGAAGAAUAUUCAAAAAGGAAGGACAGGAAAUUUGUUCAGAAGGUUUCAUGGCAUUUAAUAAAACUGCGCAUACCACAUGUUAAGAAUGGAAAUAAAGGUGGGAUCCCAUUAGACAUAUUGGAGAAAAAUAAAAAGCUGGUAUGGAUGUGCUUCUCAUAUCACCAGUACUACAUUAGAACGAUUGACCUAACGGCGGAGACCUUAUUGCAAAUGGAUUUACUAAAAGCCAUGAAUUAUAAAAUUGCUAAAGUGCACUACUAUCAAUUUUCCCGCAUGAAGGCAAGGCGAACUCGUUUCGAGUACAUACGGAUGUGCCGCUAUUAUACGCUGCGUGAUCGACGCAACUAUGACGAUGAGUUCGAGGGGUGGAAUUUGCCUUACAUCAACUGGUACCACAGGAAGAACAAAAACGUCCACGUGUCUAACUACUUCUACGGCUACACCCCCGUCUCGCACAUGCAAUAUUAG